GGAAAGAAUUUCUCCCAGUCACAAUGAGCUGAGUAAUAACUCAUCAGAGAGCAGCCCAUGUUUGUUGAGAUUGUGUCGGUUUCAGUCUGUAACACGGCAGAUUGAUGGCACUAAAGUGGAGGCUAAAGGUCAGAGAGGCUGAAACUGAUUGGGAAAUGAGAGCGGCCGUGUAGUUGACAGUGGUCCCUUCCGCCGAUUUACUGCUGAAGUUUUGGCAGGGAGUCUGACUGCCUGAGACUGGGGAGGGGUGGGGGAAGGCUGGGAAACCAUUUCAAACCAGAACGGACCAGGAAGGAUCCACUGAUGGUGUAGACCGGUUGAAAUGGAGUUGAGAAGCAUGUUGUGGGUUCUCGCGUUGGGGCUGGUUUUGUUGGAAGCGGCUGCUGAAGGUGGCUGUGUGCAGCUGGAGCGGUGUUGUAUUGGGAGAGAAUCUGCAUGUCACAGCACUGGCUGGCGCCCCGAUCGCUCCUACGGAACCUGUUACUGUGACCAGGCUUGUGUACACACCCUGGAUUGCUGCCAUGAUUACCAACUCGCCUGCCCAGCUGUUUCUUGUGAAGUGUCUGAAUGGAGUUUCUGGAGUGGCUGUGCAGAGCAAUGCAAAAAUACUUACCGUGUUCGUCAAAGAUACAUCACACAAGAGCCACAAAAUGGUGGCAAACCAUGUCCUCCCUUGGAAGAAAGAGCGGGCUGUGUAGAAUAUCGUAGUGAUGGGGAUACAAUGUGCAGGCAAUCCUUGGUCCCUGCCUUGAUUACUAUGGGAGGAUAUGGAAAAGCAAGAAGAAAACGAGAUGUAUUCAUUGAAUCUGAGGCACCAGGGUAUUGUGUAGAAUUUAAAGUGAAAUCAUUGACUCCACAUUGCUUGGUAGAAAACCAUCCGCACACUCGGUGGAUGCAGUAUCUUCGAGAGGGAUUCACUGUUUGUGUAGAAUGCCAGCCUCCAGCUCUGAACUCGAGGUUCCAAAGAUGUUAUGGUGAUGGCUCAGAAGCUGAAAGGAAUCUGAUUCUGCAGUGGCAAGCAAUUGGUAAUCCUCGAUGCAGAGGAACAUGGAAGUGGAUUCGACAGAUCGAAUCAUGUUCUUGUCCUCAAGUUCAUAGUUUUUUAUUCAUUUGAAGCCAACUCAUUCCAUCCAUGGAGAAUAUUCAUUUUAUUAAUACCUACUAAGCACUUAUACUUCAGACACCAGUCAGCUGGAAACUAAUUCAAACAAUGUUAAGACUAAACAUGUGACAUGAUAUAUUCUGAAGUCUGCAAAAUAUUGUGUAAAUGCAUAUGGUGAAGUGGCUGAACUAUUAGUUUCUGUAAACCAUUUUAUUUUCCAGCAUUUUCAAUACAUUGUAUCCCAUCACAGAAUGUGAGAGAGAGAAACUGUUUUUAACCUUUCAUGAAAAGGAAUAAAUCAAAUGAAGAGGAAGUUUUUAAACUGAAUUUCCCAAAGAACAUUUAAGACUUUCAAAAGUAAAAAUAACAAGCCAAAUGUUACACAAUUAGUUCAGUGAUUGGUUGCAGGAGUUGCCUUACAUGUCAGAAAGCUUCAGUUACUGCUGAGUGAGUGUUUGACAUCCAUAAUGCUCCCUAUGCAGUCUGACAUUUAUUAUUCAUAAAUGUUUAAUUAGCAAAGCUAGUGCACUGUAACAUGUACCUCUUUGAAGAAACACAGAGCAUUCAUUUCCAUGAUCCUUGAUGAAAAUCUAGUUGUGGCUGGGAAGCAUCUUAGUUCAUGUCAGUAAAAGAUUAGAUAGCUGCUCAUUCCAGCAGAGCUUUCUGUCACUUUAGAAAAAUUUUCAUUUCUCAUUACUGUUUUCUUAUGGCUAACAAUGUAACAACUCUGUCACUUAACUUGAAGAAAUCGAAAUUCCAAUGUGAAAUCUUGGCAAGAAUAUUAACAAAUGGGAGACUUGAGGGGAACACAGUGUGCAGAAGAUCAAUUAUAAAUUCCAAUUAAAUGUUUGCUUGUGAAGUGGAGAAUCUGUAGGUGAAACUGCCAUUUUAAAAAUAAACUGGUUAACACAUUUGA